UGUUAAUACAUUUGUUCAGAAGGAGAAGAGUAUAGUAUUCCUAGUCAUCACUAUACUCUGAUAUAUGACAUGAGUUUGUGCUACACAUUUGACACUACUCUAUGAAAAUAAUUAUUUCUACUAUAUGAAAGUAAUAUUAUUUUCAUAUGACAUGGUGCAUUUAACUUGUAUGUUUUAUUCUGUUUUGUUAUAUAUUUUAGUCCAUAAUACUUAUGUUUUGAGAUCUUUUUUCUCUCCUUGCAGUCAUGGGUCAUAGAAAAAGAUCAAAAGUUGAUAUUUCUAGUGAAUCUAACAGUGACAAUGAUUGUAGUUUGAGUUCUGAUAAUCAUGAUAGUGAUGUUCAUUUAUCUAAUCAUGAUGAAAGUUCUGAUAAUCAUGACCAACAUUUUGAGGAAAAUGAUCCUUUGCUUCAUUUAACUAAAGAAGAGCUUAUGAAGAAAUUGAAAAUAAAGCUUGGUAAAAGGCCAUUUACAGAUGACCAUAAAAAGAAGAGACAUAAAGUUGAAUCAGACUCAAUUAUCGAUGAUGCAUUGUUAGAGAUUCACAAUGAUCUAGUUCUCCAUUCUUUGAAAAUGAAAUUAAGCAUGCUUGGUGAACAGUCUAAAAAUAAGAGAAAAACCUUUGAGAAAGAUAACCAACAAGGGUGUGUUCUGACUGAUUGCAAAUUAUUGUUUUAUAUGAUCAUGAUCUUUAAUUUUUUAUAGUUUUUGAUAUGCUAUGGGAUAAGCUUGACACUUUUAUAUUUACUUGCUGAACAUUUAGCUGUGAUUGAAUGCUUGUGCAAGCAUGUGCUGCUCCAUGUUAGAAUG